GGCCGCACCCCGCCGCCGGCCGGACCAUGGAGGGCCCCGAGGGCGGUUACUCGGUGCAAGCCACCGCCGCCAUCGCCGCCGCCAUCACCUUCCUGGCGCUCUUCACCAUCACGGGCAACGUGCUGGUGAUCAUGGCCGUGCUGAGCAGCCGCUCGCUGCGGGCGCCCCAAAACCUCUUCUUGGUGUCCUUGGCGGCCGCCGACAUCUUGGUGGCCACCCUCAUCAUCCCCUUCUCCUUGGCCAACGAGCUCCUGGGCUACUGGUACUUCGAGAAGACGUGGUGCGAGAUCUACCUGGCUUUGGACGUGCUCUUCUGCACCUCGUCCAUCGUCCACCUCUGCGCCAUCAGCCUGGACCGUUACUGGUCGGUCAGCCGCGCCAUCGAGUACAACGCCAAGCGGACGCCGCGGCGCAUCAAGUGCGGCAUCCUCAUCGUCUGGACCAUCGCCGCCGUCAUCUCCCUCCCGCCCUUGGUCUACAAGGGGGAGAAGAAGGCGGCGGCGGGGGGCCGCCCGCAGUGCAAGCUCAACGAGGAGGCCUGGUACGUCCUCUCCUCCAGCGUCGGCUCCUUCUUCGCCCCGUGCCUCAUCAUGAUCCUCGUCUACCUGCGCAUCUACCUGAUCGCCAAACGCCGCCACCGCUCCCACCCCGCCGGCACCAAACCGCCGGGAUCGGCGCCGCCGAACGUCACCCCCCCGGCCGGUGCGGAACCCCCGGGGACCUGCCCGCCGGCGGACAGGACCUCGCUGCUCAGCCCCGAGGAGCCCCCGACGUCCCCCAACCCCGCGGCCGGGACGUCCCCGCAGCCCCGGGGACGCCCCAGGGACACCUUGGCCACCGACGGGCGGGUGGUGUUGGCUCAUCGGCCGCCGGCGUUGAACCCUUGGAGGAGGAAGACUCAGGUCAACCGGGAGAAGCGUUUCACCUUCGUCUUGGCCGUGGUCAUCGGCGUCUUCGUCCUCUGCUGGUUCCCCUUCUUCUUCCUCUACAGCCUGGGCGCGCUCUGUCCCCGGCGCUGCAAGGUCCCCAACGGCGUCUUCCAGUUCUUCUUCUGGAUCGGUUACUGCAACAGCUCCCUCAACCCCGUCAUCUACACCGUCUUCAACCAGGACUUCCGCAAGGCUUUCCGACGCCUCCUCUGCCGCCGCCGCCGAGCCCCGACGCCCUGGUGAGGGGCUCCGGGUGAGGGGCUCCGGCUACCCCCUUCCUCCUCCUCUUCUUCCUCCUCCUCCUCCUCCUGGCUGCGCUCGCCGCCUGGAGCA